GUUCAUGGAUAACCUACAGACAGAGGUUUUGGAGAUAGAGUUCCUGACCUACUCUAAAGGCAUGACCACCAUCAGUGAGGAGGACUUUGCCCGCAUCCUGCUGCGCUACACCAACGUAGAAAACAUCAGCAGCUACCUGGACAACAUCCACCAGAGCAUCCCUGAUGAGAAGAGACAACAGGGCAUCACCUUCGACGAGUUCCGCUCCUUCUUCCAGUUCCUCAACAACCUGGAGGACUUUGCCAUCGCCAUGCAGAUGUACAACUUUGCCAGUCGCUCCAUUGGCCAAGAUGAGUUUGGGCGGGCUGUGUACGUGGCCACGGGCCUGAAGCUGACACGUCAUCUGGUCCACACCAUCUUCAAGAUCUUUGACGUGGACCACGAUGACCAGCUGAGCUACAAGGAGUUCAUCGGCAUCAUGAAGGACCGGCUGCACCGCGGAGGGAGGGGCUACAAAACCGCAGAGCGAUUUACUUCCUUCAAGUCGUGUAUGAAGAAGGAGCUAGCUGGCAGCAGGUGAACAGGAAACACCACGCCUCCUUCCCCAUCUGCGUGCGUGCUGAGGCCGGGAAACAGGUCCGCCGGCUCUGGAGGAGGUUCCAGGCCAAGGUUUAGAGGAGGAGGAAGAGGAUGAUGAGGAGAAGAGGAAGAGGAUGAAGAAGUGGAGGAAGAUGAGGAGAAGACGAUGAAGUCGAGGAAAAGAGGUGGAGGGGGACUGGAGGUGAAGGAUUCAAUGAACCUUCUGCAGGGGAACAUUGUGGUUCCAAGUGUUUCUAAGUCUGCGUUCUAAGCCACCAUCCCGUCUACUAGCAUGCAGAGAAGCUGCCGUUUUUGCAACAGACAUCUCAUUGGUUUCAGUUGUCCAGUUCAUCCAAUCGUGGAUCAAUUCCGCAAUCCAUUUUCAUCCCAUUGCAAGUAGGCCAGGGGUGUAUAGCCUACAUUACCGUACCUAGUAUUUAAGCAGUACUCAUAAAAAAAAUUAAUAAGCACAAAAAAUUACAGUUUACAGAAAGUUGUAACUAAUCACUGAUUACUCAUAAUAUAGAACAAUUUAUGGUAAAAAUGCUCGUAUCACAAUAAGCUUUGUAAUAUAAUAAUUGUCAAAUAAAGAAUGUUACUUACAUUCCAGUAAGAGCCUGCAUGGUCAAAUGUAGUGUCUGUAUCAAAUGCCUUUACUAGUGAGAGAAAGGUAUGGGAGAAGGAAGAGGAAAUGAAAUAUUAACCUCUUAAUCAUGUAUUUUUCUAUGAAUCCUUUUUUCAGUUUACACAGGCCUACUUUCAUAUAUUCAGCAGCAGGUUUGGCCAGCUGGCUAGAUAAUAGAGAUCAAUACAUAGCCUACACAUGCAAUGAAUUCUACAAUGAAGCAAUAGUAGUAUGUUUUUGAAAUGCUUGUAAUUGAUGAUCUUCCAAAUGAGAGCGAGAAAGAGAGAGCAAGAACAUGUUAUUCCUUUAAGACUCCUUGUCUUCUUUUGGUUGUGUGUGUUACGUUUGUAAUGAUUAAGUGGGGAAGAAGUAUAACUUUUUUUCAUGUGUGCCUUUUUUCUACAUGUCUUCCCUGUCAAAACUAAUUCCAUUCCAGCAACAAAUUGUAUUUUAACUUUUCAGAAAGCUAUUUGCUAACCUGCCUUCCUCCCAGUGUACUGUGCAACCUAGGGUUCCUUGAUUCAACGUAAGUCACUAUGUCAUUGAUCAACAUUUCACCUCAAUUGGUAAUGCUUGUAUUUAUUUAUUGAAUUAUUAAUCUGUUUGCACUAUAAAUCUACUUCACAGCAAUAUUAUGAGCAGACGUAUUGAUUAGAAUUUUUGAUCAGUAAGCAUGAUACUGAUUUCAUUCUGUUCAACGAUUCAAGGUGUAUCUCUGUAUUUAGUUUGAAUAUUAAAUAACUUCAAUGGUUUGACAUAACUAAUUUAUAGUUACUCUGCUUAUUUGCAUUAUAUAAGAAGCUAUAGAAUAUAUUGUUUUUUUCUCGACCAUUCCCUCAACCAAGCAGUGAAGUGUAUGGUUGGUGUGAAAAGAACUUGACAGAGUAAAUGAAAAGCGUGAUGAAUGCAUGAAUAAAGAAUUUUGAAGGA